AUGGUGGUCACUGUUCAAGGCGUUGACGUCAUCUUUGACGAAGAUGAUGGGUUGUACACGUACAUCAACGAGCAGAGCAUGGACGUAUCCAGAACAACUCUCAUCAACGACCCAGACACGACCAUCUCUGCAGACCAGAACGACCGUGUUCACCAGGCUGCCCUGCGUCAAAUCAGCCGGCCUGGCGACAACGCAGUGCGCCUCUCUGGUGCUCGUGGGCAGAACGAUCUGGCUUCACAUCAUGGGCAGGUUGAUUUAUCUGUUGCCCAUGGCAACGACGACGUGGAGAUGGAGGAUGAAGGGGACGAUGACGACGAUUAUGCGUUGAACCCGCAACCGUUUGCGAGGUUGUUCCAACGGAUGGGGCUCAGCAACCCGAAGAAGAGAGCUGCCGGCAAUGCCAACAACGGCAGCGGCCCCACAUCAGUCCCCGUCAAACGGGCAAAAGCGGAUCAGGGUGACGGAGGGCGACAACCUGCUUCGUCUGCGCCAGCCCGAAACAAGGCGGGGAAGACUAAGACGGCAAAGCCACCAGAUGCCCCAGCUAACUCCGACGGUGACAAAAAGGACGAGGCGAUGACUCACGACGACAAUCUCCUCAUCGACUCCUACGAGGGCCAAUUCAGUAAGUUGAAGCUUUUCAACAACGUGGGCAGCGAUGACGCUUCUUUCGGGGUGUGGGCGAAGGCUCGCAUGACAUCCUUGUCGGACCUGAAGGGAGGAAUUCAGGCCAAACGGAAAUCCUUGGCGAGACGCAAAGGGGACUUGUCGCACCUCAAGAGCUGCUUGGACAGCCUCAUCAGCCGCAUCACCACGCUGAGUGACUUUGUGAAACAGCUUGUCAGCGGGACCACUGAGGGGAGAUCCGUGUAUGAAACCCUUGUGAAGCUUGUGGAUGAAGAGGACCUUGAACCGCCGCCUGCAAUGUGGCAACGCUGCUUGCGGGCAUACGCUUUCGAGGACUUGAAGCUGGCCCAGUGGCAGUCGUUCUUUGGGGAGACACAGCGGCUCUGCUUUCAUCACUUGGGUGAGGCAGAUGGUCGUGCCUACUUGGUCUUGCUUUCCAGCCAGUUGCUGCAGCGCCUUGUGAAAGGCCACAACGGGACUAAAAUCACCGUGGAGAGCUUGGGCUUUGUGAAGGGCUUUGUAGACGCAUUGCACGAGCACUUGGACACCAUUACGGGGACAGAUGACAUGAGAAACCCUCCACCGGCAGCAUUCAGGGAUGAGGACGCAAUCACGGCCGUGCAGACGAUGCUGGAUUUCACAGCGCCGCCCGGUCGCGUUCUCGAUGCAUGCAAGAUGUUCAUCAAGUCAUCUGAGUACAACGAUCAUUGGGCUAUCCAAGCCUUCAACUUGGACAAAGGUCGCAAGAUUGUUGAGGCGGCCAGGGAGAAUGCCAAGAAGAGGGAGGCCCAAUCGACAGUUCUGGAGUCGAUUGCUGCCGCCUCCGCGUCGCUUCACGCGACCUACCUUACUCAUGAAGCAGGUGAAGAAGGCUGGGACUUUCACGUCCUCACUGCUGAGUGCGGGCACACCAUUGUCAAGGCCCACAAGGCUGCUUCUGGGCCAGGCAUGAAAGCCGUGAAAGGCGCUGACAAGGACUUGCUGCUCAAACUGCAAGCCGACGUUCAAACUGCCACGCGUUCAGCCUGCGUCGCCUUUGUCUCGCAGGCUUUGGUCCCGUUCCUGCAAGAUUGCGACAGAGCGUUGCGCAACAGAUCCGCCAUUCCAGAUGCGGCCAACUUGCUCACGCAGGCUUCUUGUGUCAGGCAGCUUCAAAAUGUUGCCCACACCAAGCUAGUUGAUGGUCUGCUCAAAUUCACAGACUUCUUUGCCAACUUCCGUGUGUCCUUGGAGAAGGCUGAGACGCUUGCCGCGGAGGCCUCGCAGAGUGAACUGACGGCGUGGCAACACCAGAGUGCUGAGCUCCUUGCCAAAACUGCCACCCCAGCCAGCCCAAUCAAGGAGCUGCUGCGUGCUGUGUUCGAAGAUCUUUCCGAGCCCAUCAGUCGCACUUUGCAAGGGCGAGUUGACUCUGAGGCCUCUGACCAUGUUGAGAAGUGCAUUUCAUUUCUCAACAAAUCUAUGACCAAUGUGGAGCUAAGCGAUGACGAUAUGAUCUGCUUCGUGGGUCACGUGGAGCAACUGCUUCGUAUGUCCUCUGUCUUGUGUAGUCGUGGCGACGCAAUUCGAGCUGGCGUUUGUGUUGUUGAGGCGACAGUCAGAUGCAAUCGUUACAUUGGAGGCUUCCAGCCCGACGCAUUGUCACUUGGUGUUGACAAGCUUUCCGACCAAACUAGCAAGGCCAUCAAGAGCAUCAAGAAUCUGGAUAAGAAGACCACCCAGGCUGAUCUCCUGGGCCUUCUCACCUCGAUAAAGUUCAAUGAGGGCAGCCUCAAUUUCACGCCUUUCAGCUUUGCCAGUCAAGUUAAUGACACCUUGUUGAAGCUGGAGCUGAAGGCAGAUGAUAUUGUCAAGGCCAUCAACCGUGGGCUUGCGGAGCAGUUUUCACGUCAUGAAGAUGUCGACACAAGCAUUCCAGAUGACAUAUCAGGGAUCUCUGAGGUUCAAGACGCUGGCAAGUUGAAGUCUUUCAUCCAGAAAACGUUUCAACUGCAGCGGACCAAGGACAUGGCGGACCAUGCUUGCGACCUGGAGGCCCUCCUUGACCAGGUGAGGGACCUCUCGAAGAAAACCGGCGUCGCGUGUUCCGACCUGUGCGAGUUCAGCAAGAUCGAGUCCAAGUGGCGUUCCUGCUUGUGCUGGAUGCAGCUUGCUUAA